UUUCGAAUGUAAACAAACCCUUGGUGAUAUAUUAUAUUGCAUGUGUGGGUUUCGGUUCAUUGCCAGCGCUUCUAUUAAAGGGUCGAUCGCUUGUAAAUCUUUUCCCUAUCAACAACUUGAUGUUUUCUUUGUUUAUAAAUAACAAUCGCCCUGAGCAUGGCAUGAUCGCCAAGGAAAGAAGCGAAAUGAAGAAAUGCUGAGCAAUUUUGUCGCUUUUACCCCUGUCUGUGUAGGAAGUUUGGAAGUUCUACAAACGCAUUGUUGGCGAUUGACGGCUUGACCAAUCAGAGAGCACUACUGGCCUCGCAGUAAUUCGCCUAAAGCCGUCAGUGUUUUGAAUUUAGCUUAAAACAUGGCGGGCGGUGAAGCCGUACUGGAAAGGCUCACACAUCCCGAAGUCGCGGAUUUUUUGAUACGAGGGGCAAGGUUCAUAAAAUGGGACGAGGACUCCACGGUAGGACUGCAAUGUACGGUCAAGGUAGACACGGCGGCCCAUUUAAUUUAUUGGAGAGCCGAAGAUAAGGAGACCGAUCUUUUGGAGUUGACUUCUAUUCGGGAUAUAAGGACAGGAAAAUCAGCGAGAAUUCCAAAGGAUAAAAGCUUGCGUGAUUCUUUAAAAAUUGGCGGAUCUGAAGAAGACACUUUACAUGACAAGACUAUUACAAUUGUGUACGGGUCAACUUUGGUAGAUCUCUGCUAUGUGAACUUUGUGACUCCAGGAUCUGUCAGCACUGCAAGUGAAUGGGCAGAUGCUUUGUUUUGCUUAACACAUAAUCUCUUGGCUAUAAAUGCUUCACCUAUCUCCUUCCUUGAAAAACUCCACUCUAAAAUAUGUGUCCAAACAAGUGGAGAUGGAAAAAUACCAGUAAAAAAUAUUUUAAAAUAUGUGAGUUCUAGUAAAGAAGAUAAAAAGAGAGUGUUGGAUACUCUUCAGUCUGUGGGUUUGCCUCAUGGAAAAAAUGAUACCAUUGCCCCUGAUAAAUUUAGUUUUGAAGAAUUCUGGGCAUUCUACAGCAGACUAUGUGACAGAAAAGAUAUUGACAACAUCUUUGCUGAAAUUGGUGCAAAGAAGAAGCCCUAUCUGACAGUGGAGCAACUUGUGGAGUUUCUCAACAGUGAACAAAGAGAUCCUCGCCUAAAUGAAAUCCUUUUUCCUUACUGCACGAGUGAAAAAGCUCAAGCCAUAAUUGAAAAACAUGAACCAAACAGAGACUUUGCAAAGAAGGGGCACUUCUCUGUUCAAGGACUUACAAGAUAUCUUAUGAGCGAUGAUAAUUUUAUCAUCAUACAUGAUCGCUUGUCGUGUUAUCAAGACAUGACACAGCCAUUAUCACAUUAUUUUAUCAAUUCAUCACACAACACAUAUCUAACAGGUCACCAGUUGACUGGGAAAUCAUCAGUAGAAAUGUACAGACAAGCGCUAUUGGCUGGUUGCCGCUGUAUAGAAUUGGACUGUUGGGAUGGAAAAGACCAAGAUCAAGAACCUGUCAUCACCCAUGGAAUGACAAUGUGUACACAGAUCUCAUUUAAGGAUGUGAUAGAGGCAAUUGCAGAGUGUGCUUUCAAAACAUCAGAAUACCCCGUUAUUCUUUCCUUUGAGAAUCAUUGCAGUCCGAAGCAGCAGGCUAAGAUGGCAGCAUAUUGUGUCAGCAUCUUUGGUGAAAUGCUUCUUGACAAAGCCUUAGAUGAUUUCCCUUUAGAAGAAGGGAAAAGCCUUCCACCUCCAAAAGCACUCUUAAGAAAGAUUGUAAUUAAAAACAAGAAAAGGCCAAGUAAACGUGAAGAAGGUGUGGAUGUAGACAAGGCCCCCAUAGACAGCACCGCUGUGAUCAACACUGACAGCAAGGUGGAAAAGGUUGAUGGAGAGAUUACUGAGAAUGGUGGCAGUGUUAUUACUGAGGAGGAUGUAAGCAAAGCAGAUCAAGAAGAGGUUGCCCCAGAAGUUNUCUUACUUAACAGAAGUUAUGAGAUGUCCUCUUUUGUGGAAAAUAAUGCAACGGCCUUACUAAAAGAAAGCCCUGUGGAAUUUGUCAAUUACAAUAAGCGUCAGUUGAGUAGAAUUUAUCCCAGUGGGACAAGAGUUGGGUCUGCCAAUUACAUGCCCCAGAUUUUUUGGAAUGCAGGAUGUCAGUUAGUUGCCCUUAAUUAUCAAACUUUAGACUUGCCCAUGAUGUUGAACCAAGGAAUAUUUGAGUACAAUGGCCGUUGUGGGUACAUAUUGAAGCCCAGCUUCAUGUGUCGGGCUGAUAAAUCAUUUGACCCAUUUGCUGAGUCCACAGUGGAUGGGAUUAUUGCUGGUGCAGUCACUGUUAAGGUUAUCUCUGGACAGUGGCUUACAGAAAAGAAAGUUGGCACAUAUGUUGAAGUAGACAUGUAUGGUUUACCAGCGGACACUGUCAGAAGAAAAUACAAGACUAAGAUAGUGCCAAAUAACACUAUCAACCCAGUCUAUGAUGAAGAACCUUUUGUGUUUAAGAAGGUUGUCUUACCCAGCUUAGCAGUUUUAAGAAUAGCAGUUUAUGAAGAGAGCGGGAAACUCAUCGGCCAAAGAAUACUGCCAGUAGUUGGUCUCAGUCCAGGUUAUCGUCAUAUCAAGCUACGUAAUGAAUCUAAUCAACCGCUUUGUCUCCCAACAUUAUUCGUGCACAUUGUUACGAAGGACUAUGUUCCAUCUGGAUUUGAAGAUUUCGCAAAUGCUUUGUGUGACCCUAUUGCAUAUCAUCAAGAAGAGAAAAGACAACAACAGUUGCAGUCUUUGUUGGAUGAAGAAGAAGUGGAGGAGGAUGCGACAGGCUCCAAAGCUGUGGAAGAAGAUGGUGGAAAAGCAACUGAAAACGCAAAAACAAAGUCUGCACCGGGGAGAGAGACAAGGAAGUCAAUAUCAAUAAAGUCUGAGAAAAAGUCAAUCAAAAGAAAUUGCACAAGUGAUUCACUCGUAGCUGAGAUCAAUCCUCCGAAUCAAAGGCGAGGCUCAGAAAUGAUUCUAAGAGAGGCGUUACGGCGAGACAGUUCCCGCGACAGUAUUUCUGGCAUCAAACCACUUCAGUCAAAGAAGAGCGGCAAUCUGCAUACCAUGACUAGUCGUUCCCUUUCACUCCAAGCAGCCCCUGUCACAGUAGAGAGAGGACCUUUUGCAAAAAGAUCAAGGAGUACUAAAAAACGAGAAGGCAAGACGCAGUCUCUUAUCUGUUUUACUGUUGAAGGUAAGUACCUGAAGGAUCUCAUGUGGGCGAGGACUGUUCAAGGGGCCAUAUUUACGGACCUAUCUCUUUGAGGACUUAACUUUUACGGACUUACCUUUUCACGGACCUGUCUGGUUUUUUUUUUUUUUUUUUUUUUUUUCUGAUUUGAAACCAUUGGGACAAGACAUUUUGAAACUUUUCCGCUGUUUUCUUACUCAAAUUUCGUUUGUUUUGACCUGUUGUCAUAUCCGGCUGAGAAAAUAUUCCUAAGACCAGAGAAUUUAUGGAAGUUAUACUAGCAAACAAGCUCCCCCCGGUAAGGGGAUGACAUUCAGUUUUAGACCAUGCAAGUCAAUUAUUACCCAUACGCAUAAAACAAACAAAUUCCUUCACUUGCCUUAAAAACUAUGGUGACAAGUAUUAAAAAUGCUCUUUUUAAAAAUUUUCUCUCGCGUCGUUCAAAACACUGGAGUUUCAAAUUGUAACAAGCAAAGUUUUCAAAAUUAAUGUUUAACACCCCUAUGGGGCUUAAACCAUUUAAACAAAAGAAAAAUAACCAUUGAGUGAGUAUGAUAUUGCUUUAAUCAGAAGGCCUUGAACCAGUCUUUUUUCAAUAAAUCUGAUAAAUGCGAGGCCUCAAAUCCACAUGGGAACCAUCGGGUAGGUAGAUUCAGUAUUUAUUUUAUUUAUUAUUUAUUAACUGCUAAUUAUUAUAAGGUGUGUUUCUAACAGUUGAUAUAUAUAACUUUAACCUUUUUUUUUUUUUCAUGUAAUGACCAGCAAACUUACAUUUCGGACUAUGUAUAUCAUGAGUUAGUUUAUAAAGUUGAGUUGUACUUUGACUAACUGGUCACUGAGAUGAAGUUAACCGAUAAGAGCGUUUUUCGAUUGAGUGUCGCAAAACUUAACAGCCAAUCAAAAGAAAGGAAAGUACUUUUAA